UUUCAAUGCAAAACUGUUCCGUCUACGGUUAAUCAAGUAAUACUAUGGCGAUGCCAAAUAAACCUCUAAAAGGUACCCCUGAAUUCCAAGCUUUAAAAGCAUGCCAUAUGAAUCUGAUCUAUACCAUACCUACUGAUGAUGUACUCCAUCAAUUAUUUGAAAAAGGCGUUAUACCGGUUGAUUUAUUAGUUGGACAGGGUGUAGCAGUACCUUUCGAGAGGGCUAAAAAUGAAAAAUUACUCUUGCAGAUUUACUCUGGUACUUUAGGAGAUUUUUACACAUUUUUAAGUGUAUUGUGUAGUAAAAACUGUGUUAACAAACAGCCAAGUAUUCGCUUAAAAGAAGAGCUACUUAAAAGAGGAAUCGAUGUGGAAAAAAGCAGAACAGAUCCAUAUAAAGAGAUGAGGGUGGAACCCUCUGAAGUUUAUGUGUGGGGAAGUAAACGGAAUUUACUCUUGGCGGCAGAUGAAAAGAAUCCGCUCGAACCUGAUAAAAGUAAGCUACUAGAAAAUCUGGAUCCAUCUGAUAUCGCUUGUGGAUAUGACUCCUUGUUUGUUGUUUCGAGAAAUGGUGGCAUUUUUGCUUGUGGUAAAGGGCAUAUGGGCUGUCUUGGUUUAGGAAACUGCGAUGAUGUUAAUGUACCUAGACAGAUUCCCCAACUUUUACCAGUGAUGGUAACCACGGUCGCUAUUCAUCCAGGUGGUAGACAUGCAAUGGCUCUAACAGCCGAAGGUAAAGUUUAUUCGUGGGGUUGCGGUGAUCGCGGUCAACUCGGCCAUGGAAAUACGCUAGGAUAUCUGGACCCUACAUUGAUUGAUGAGUUAAAAUCAAAGGAAGUUACGAAAAUUGCCUGUGGAGCAAUGCAUAGUAUAGCCGUACUAUCGGAUGGUAAAAUAUUUAGUUGGGGAGAUGGUUCAAACGGAGCAUUAGGUCAUGGGAAUAACCUGGCGCAACUACUACCGAAAAAGAUAAUGUCGUUAAACGGCAAGCAUAUCAUGGCUGUUGCUUGCGGAGAAUGUUAUACUAUCGCGGUAGCUGGUGAUGAUGUUUGGUCAUGGGGCCUUGGUGGCAAUGGCGAAUUAGGCUAUGGAGUCGAAAUGCCAUCAUACUAUAUGCCUACAAAAAUUGAAGCCCUCUUCUUUAAAGGUAUAACAAAUGUUGCUUGCGGCUAUGCAACAUCUUUUGCAGUGAGUGCGAAUGGGAAGGUUUGGGCAUGGGGUUCUGGCGAUCGUUUUAGGCUAGGACUUGGAAAUGAAAAAGUAAUUGUAAAGCCUAGGGAAAUUCAAGGUGAUUUAAAGGGUAAAAAAAUCAAAAGAGUAGUGGCUAGCUUGUUCCAUGCGUUGGCUAUAGAUGAAAAUGGACAGGUUUACAUUUGGGGUAGUCAAGAAAUUGGGCCGGUAGGAAAUGAUGAAGAUGCGAAGCAACAGCAGUGCAUGUUGAGCUAUGCAGCGACUGCUAGUGUAAUAUUUUUUACCAGAGAUGAUAAGGAAAAGCAUUAUCAUGUAGCUGUUAGAAUUCCCAGCAAGAGAUAUUUAUUAUACAGCCUAUCGGAUGCUUCAGCACUCAGGCUAGCCCAGAUAGAGCUAUAG